AUGUAUUCCCUUUCUCCACCUGAUGAUAUUAAAUUAAUUGAUAAAGCAAAAAUAAAGCAAUUAAGAAUCUACCUCUCAGUGGUCUCUGAUGUGAAUGCAUUUGUGUUAUUUUCACCACAACAUGGCACAAAUUACAACAGAACAACAAUUUUUUUACCGGAUGGUUGUCCAUCUCGUUUAAGUUCUAUCGUUGGAACAGAAUCUGGACGACGUCAUGUGCUUUCAUUAGAUGGCAUUAGAAGGCCAAAUUGUGCUGUUAUUAUCAAAAUUGCUUCAACUGUGAUUUCUCUAGAGAGGCCAUUUGUGGAUUUGGUGGCAGUAGCGGAUGUUUCAAUAUUAUCGCACAUUCGUCAGCCUCUUUGUAUCACCGCACAAUUGACACUGUUAACAUCAGUAACGGUUCCGGUGUCAUGUAUUUUAUCACCGUUCGAUUCUGCCCGCCAGUCGUGCCUUCUCCGAAUUAUUGUACCUUACUCGUGGUUUCCGCUUAACAACGGCUAUAAACAGAUCAUCACACUUUUACAUUCCACAGAUAAAGAAUGUGGCGCUUUGUAUGCUGAAUUACAUCGUACAAAAAUAACGCUGUUAUCGCCUUCUUCAAAUUAUAGAUCAUUUGAUCUCUACAAACAAUUUCCAACAUUGCAUUUGCAGCUAUUAUCACCAACGAAUUUUACACUUGCGGCAAGUUCACUUACAACUUUACUGUUGCAUUUCGAUUACGAUGGUAACAAUGAAACUCGUUUCACUACCAUGCAGAUAAGAAUUUGGUUGAACAGCUAUUUGAAACUUCUUAGCGUCACUUCAGCCGAUCCAAAGCUGUGGACAAUACAAGUGGAAAGGGCUUCUUAUCCUGAUACUCAUAUGACCUUUACAUGUCAGUAUCAUUCUUCCUCAUCCUUAGAUGAUAAUUUGCAGAGAUUCAACGGAUAUAUAAUGAUGAUGUUAUUCAAAGUAAAAGGCUCAAUAAGAACAAAGUCCGAAAAACAAUCAAAUACUAUUGACAGUGAUUUGGUUAGAGUUCACUGGGAAGUGCAAUAUUUUAUCUCUGAAAAUUCUACUUAUAUGAGUAAAACGACAACAAAGAGAGUAACAACACAAUUUCGCAUAUUUUCGGAUUUCGUUUAUGGUUUAUUGCCAAUGAUCAAAGGAGAAAAUUUGGUCAAUACGGCGGUAUUAUCAGGAAAACAAGCUGCACUACCAAUGAGAAUAUUUUCCAUUACGGAAGGUGGAAAUUUAAAUGAUGUAACUAGCAGUUCAUAUUGUUUGAGUGCUGAAUCACGAGUUUUGAAGGCUUCACCAACUUGUGGUUCCAUUUAUGUUGAUGGAUCAGAGUUACGUGGUAUGAGUAAAGUUAAAGUGCAUAUCCAUUUUGAAACAUUGACCAGUUCGAUAGAAGUUACAGUUUGGUAUCCACGACUUCCGAUUACUGUUUGGUUAUCAGAUCCAGUGCUAAAUGCCAUCAAAGAUUGGCAAAUAGCAGUAUGGAAAUGGCUUCCUAGCAAACGUAAAAGGGAAGCCCGACAAUUUGGCUGUGUCAAUAAGUACCAACAGGCUGAAAUCCGCAUUCUUGCAAGUUAUUAUGUGGGAGAUAAAGAGACUGGAGAACGGAUCUAUCUAUCCGGAAAUCGGGAUAUUUUAUUUGAUGUAACAUCAUUGACAAUGAAUCAUGUGCAUAGUUCAAACAUUGGUGUUGCUGUUGUAUUACCUCGACAAGAUCGCAUUUUUGUUGUGGCUCAUCGUCCCGGUUCAGCCAGGAUAACAGUACGCUCAAAUACUCCCAGUAUCGAUUACGGUAGUGCUCCACUCGUGGUGACAGAAGAUGUUGUAUCGGUAAGACGACUUGCGGUAGAAGGAGUUGUUGAUAUUGCUUUGGAUAUUGAACAAAUUCCUAGAAGGGCACAUGAAUAUGUUGUUUCAACAUUUAUUCAAAAUACUUUAACUCAUAAAUAUCAGCAUGCCACUCUGGUUUGUCGAUUAUAUUUCUCGGAUGAACAAAUGCUUGAAUUAACCGAUAUUCCAUCAGAGCAAUACAUACUGAGAGGAUGGAGUUCAGAUGAGCAAGCUAUAGCAUUGAAUCAUGGGCCAGAUGGUCAUAAUAUUGAACUAAUUGUUCUACAGAAUGUCAAGAAUGUGCUAAUCUCAGUUAGCUUACAUAGUCCAGUUCAAUGUAGUGAGCCAGGUUCGAAAGUUAUCGGUCAGAUCGAUUACCCUGUACAAAUUGAAUUCAAUGAAAGGAAACUUACAAGCACAUCAUCAGUUAUUAAUUAUAAUAGCAGCACGAAACUGGAAUCACCUACAAAUUUUAAUAGUUGGAAUUCGGAGGUUUUGCUCGGAUUAGUUAUUCUUUUGGGCGCAAUAAUAGGUAUUGUACAUGCGAUAGGUUCAAAGGCCAGACAAUCAUUCAAUGAAGGUUAUGAGAAAUUAGUACUGCCAAUCCUUACACGACUAAGCUCAUCUAGUUCAUGUGGAAAGGAUGAAAAUUCACAGGAAUGGAUAUGGCUAUCGAAAGCACAAAUUGAUAGUGCCAGUAUAAAUAGCAGGUAUUCACAGAAAUCAACUAUGGAUGUUGCUGAUAAUGUGUCAAAUGUAAGUAAUGGAAGUACACAACGUAGCAUAUCAUAUCAUGGAUCAGAAAUUAACGUAUUCAUAUCUCCACAACGUGCUGUAGCUAUCAAUCUUGAUUCAUUGGAAAGACGUACAACAAGUUGGCGUGGUAGAUCAAAAGCCAAAUUGACAAGAAAUACGAUGAUUGAUAGCAGCUCUUCAGAACAUAAUCUUUCCAGAUAUUCACAUGCAAAUUCAAAUGGAUAUAGCUUUACUCCGGUUACUUCUAUUGGCAAUGAAAAAAAUCAAUGGAGCAUAGGAGGAGGAACAGCCGCACCAACACCUAAACAGGUGUAUUGGCGGCAUAUCGAUCGUGAUUUCAGCUUCGAUUCCUUGCCUGAUAUGGAUGGAGUCCGAGAAACGGUCACCUAA